GCUAUCGGAAUAAUUUACGAUCUGGCCGAGUCGCCGGAAUCUAUUCUCACCAAUGUGAUUUCUAUGUGCGCCGAAAAAUUGGCCCUAUCCGGUCGUCAGCAAUCCAAUCAGCCACCCACAAACAGUGAUGCAGACCCAAAUCAGAAUGUGACUGUUGUCGAGCAAAACGUGGACCAGGAAAAUCUUCCCAAUUUGACCCAGUUGAAGCAUGAUCCGGAACAAUUCCUAGAAUCGUUGGUCGUUUUAUGCCCAGCAUUUAUUCUGACCCGAUUCCUCGCAUUGAUUGGUCACAUGUGCCUAAAACAGUUAGUUCAUCUGGAAUCUUCUGUUCUGCACGAACUGAAGCGCAGGGCACUGAUCAAGGAGGAACGGGAAGCAAAGGCCAAACCAAAAUCGCGAAAAAAUAAUCGUGCAUCACGGACCUCUUUUAUGUCCAGUACCAACAAUUCUACUUUGGGUACAAACACCACCGGUCAGCAGACUGCUGAAGAAGAAUGCGGUCUGGUCGGCGUAAAUGCGGAUGAUGCCGAGGUGGAUUAUAUUCGACAUAUAUGCGAUCACGAAUUAAUUUCUGCUCCAAACCAUUUGUUCACUCCUCUGCUGGCCAUGGUCACACACGCAGCCGCGAGUUUGGCGCUGGCUAAAAUGAUGCUAGUCAAUGCAGAAGUGUGCGAGCCUCGACUGCAACUCCUAUUCACAAUGGCUGAGCGCAGCCAAUCCGAGGUGGUUCGCGCGAAUCUAAUCGUCGCACUGGGGGAUCUUUGUCGACGAUUUCCCAAUCUCAUAGAGCCUUGGACGCCCAAUUUAUACGCGCGGUUGCGUGACUCGUCUGCUCGGGUUCGCACGAACGCUCUGAACACAUUAAGCCAUCUGAUUCUUAACGAUAUGGUCAAGGUGAAAGGCCAAAUAAGUGAAAUGACCGUGUGCCUUGUGGAUGAGAUUGACCGACUCAACAUUUUGGCGCGUCAGUUCUUCACUGAACUUGCGCACAAAGGCAACGCACUGUACAACGUCAUCCCCGACAUUGUUAGUCGGUUGAGUGAUCCAGAUGUCGGGGUUUCAGAGGAGCAUUUCCACUCGAUUAUGGAUUUGCAACGUCAGUGGCGGGACCUUGCUCAUUGUCUGACUGUGAUGUCAUUCAACGAACGCAUGAUGCGUGUCCUGUAUGAGAAUAUUACAGCGUUUGCAGAUAAACUUUCAGUUCCCGAAGUGUACUCCGCGUUUGAGAUCCUCAUUACAAAUGCAAAGAAAACCACCAAACCAGAUGGAAUGGCACGCUUAGAGGAAUUCGAAGCGAAAGUGAAUGAAGUACGUUCCCUGUCACUUCAUGACCGUUCUCGUUGA